CACCACUCGAACCUGUUGCCGUGGCGUGAAAGCCUUGCUGCCGACAUCGUGGAAAUCCCGGAAGCGAAAGGUGGCGGCCUCGACGUAAAGGAGCUGGAGCGCCAGUUGAAAAACUACAGCAGUCGUAAACUCAAGAUCGGCACCUUUACUGCAGCUGCGAACCUCACCGGCAUGCUUAUGGAUGUCAAUAAGAUCUCGAGGUUACUACACAGACACGGCGCCUUGGCCUGCUGGGAUUAUGCUACCUGUGCACCGUACGUUGAUAUCGACAUGAACCCGAGUGAUCCUCUAGCGUACAAGGACGCUAUCUUUUUCUCGGGUCACAAGUUUGUAGGUGGACCGGGAUCUCCUGGUGUGCUGGUCGUCAAGAAAAAGCUCAUGACGAACGAGGUGCCGACGAUGCCUGGGGGCGGCACCGUGCUCUUUGUUACCGAGAAGGCGCACAGCUACCUGGACGACACGGUCGAACGGGAAGAAGGCGGUACACCAGAUAUCUUGGGCAGCAUUCGACUUGGUCUGGCGUUCGCGCUCAAGCAACGUGUCGGAUCCAAGAAGAUCAUGGCCCAGGAACGUUGCCACGUACAGCGCGUGCGUGAAUCGCUGGGUGGGAACAAGCACAUUGUGCUACUUGGUCGUCACAACGACAAGGUGGACCAGCUACCCAUCUUCUCGCUGAUGGUCCGCUACGGCGACCGCUUCCUCCACCACAACUUUGUGUGUGCACUGCUUAAUGACCUGUUCGGUGUUCAGGCUCGUGGCGGCUGCCAAUGUGCCGGUCCGUUCGGAGCUCGUCUGCUCGGGGUUAGUAAAGAGCACACGAUCGCUUUGGGAAAUGCCUUUGUGGAGAAGGAUGAAGUGAUUAAACCGGGUGUUGUACGCAUGAGUUUUCCCUAUUUUGUCGACGAUGCUGAAGUCGAGUACAUUCUAGACGCGAUGAACUUUGUGGCCGACCACGGCUGGAAGUUCCUGCCACAGUACGAGUUUGACAUUCAUUCGGCAGCGUGGCGUCAUACCUCGCGCUCUAAGGAUAACCUCCCGACCAAGAGCUGUCUGUCUGAGCUGCAGUUCUUCAGUGACGGCACCAACAGCACGUCAACAUCUGAAGAACCUAUUCGCAGCAUUGCAGCUCACCGCCGUGAAAACCUCGAACAGGCCGCACUUCAGGCGGAUGCCUGUAUGAAGGAGGCAGCGUUGCUCGAUUCCUUCCCAGAGGGGCAAAAGGUGCUCAAGAGCCACGAAUGGCUGCGUUGGUUUGUCUAUCCGUACGAGGCCGUCGCGGACUACAAGAAGAACGGAGAUAAAGUCGCGCUUACUGACAAGAUUACGGGUCCGUGUCAACCGCAACUCUACCUGGAGGACGCGAUGAACCACAUUUGGGACGGUACGCCGUCCAUGUCCAAACUGAAAAGGAGUCGCAUGGGACGGCUGAUGCUUCGUCAUUACAUGCCGACCCCUUGAACACAACGGAAUGAGGUCUUGAAGCAAGAGACCAAGAAUUAGAAAGGUGUUGUGACGCCGGCCAGCGCCGCGUAUCAACGGAGUGUGUUACAUAGUUGGAGCGGGAUGAAUGCAAGUCUCGCCGACGAUACUAUUCGGGUAGCCUAAUUGUAGCAAACGUAUAAAAGUCGUGUUGCCGAUUGAAUCGAUGAACUUGAACAUGUACCGUUGAUGUUGGCC